GUUUUGUUUUCCAUCUCCCUUUGAACGGAACAGUACACAGUUCAGCGCAGCGCAGCACAGAGCCCAGAGCAGCAGUGGAGAAAUUCAAGCGCCGUACAUCAAAGUCACACUCUGCUCUUUCUCCCUACCGAUGUGAUAACACGGGCGGCUGCGAUAAUGCGACUGCGGGUGUGAAACGAUUAACGAACCGUUCCGUGGUGUGUGUUUACACAUAAAGCAAGUGAUAAUGCAAACGCCAUAAUUCGCCACAGCUGCUGCCGCUACGAGAAAUGAUGAUGCAGUGAUUUAACAACCGGUUUCAUUCGUUCCGUGAAAUUCUCGCUGCCCGUGCCUGAUCGCGCGCUACCUGUGUGUCCGCGCGGUACAUUCCAAGUACAAGAGGAGUCCCACGAGAGUUUUGUUUUUGCCUGUGACCUUGCGUGUUCUCUUCUUUUUUUGAACCCACACCGAAAACGGGUUCUGCUGGGUGGUGAUAUCCACGGAUCGAUCCGCGUAAAAUCAAGGCGAAGGUCCGAACGUUUUCAAGGACAUCUCGCGCGCACUGCAGGGUCGUUGCGCAGAAGUGGGUGUGCAGUGGAAAGGUUAGGGAAAAGCAUUUUUUUUCAUAAACGGAGUAAAAAAAUCCAUCUCGCGCCAUUUAUCACAAUCGUUUGCGUCUAUCUAAGCUGCUUGUUGGUUUUUUGUUUUUCGUUAUAAACAAUUGGUCGUGGUGUUAAGUUAUUUCUCUGAAGGUUUCCCACGACAAGGAACACCCCUGGGGCUCAGGCAGCGCAGGCAGGUAGAGUGAGAACAGGUGGCGAGAAUCGAGAUUGUUUAUCUCCCAAGUAAACAACGAUCCGUCUGUCUCUAUCGGUGCAAGUGUGUGCUUGGGUGUGUGAUCUACCGUUACCUUACCGACCAGAAAGUGCAAAGUGUGUGCGUGCGUGUGCGUAGCUUCCCGAGCCUCUCGAGUGACGUACCCGUGCUGUAUUAUCUCUCGCAAUCUUCAUCGAUACGUGCGCGAAGCCUCCACGGCCAGCACGGUACACUUACGCGUUUUGGCAAUAAAUGUACCACCUUACGGACGGUGCCCCUAUCAGUGAAGCAACACCGUUGAAGCACGACGAACGAUACCUUCGGCGACAGCAGCGCAGAACAUCGCACCGACAUCUUGACCCAGCAGUGGUGAUAGUGCAAUCCGCGGGUGGUUCUGGUGAUAAUUCGAGCUCGAACGACAGUAGCUACAGCAGCAACUACAGCACCACGGAGUUUAGUAGUGAACAGCAACCGAUCGUAGUAACCAGCCGCGGUCCGGUAAACCCCAUCACGAUGGACGAUACGAAGAAGGUGCUGCUAAAGGUUGGGUUCGAUUUCCUCAUCCUUUGCUGCGUUGGAUUCCCUAUUCUAAUCUUCUUCCUGGUCGGUGAUCCCUUUAAGCGAGGCUUUUUCUGCGACGAUGAAUCACUGAUGCAUCCAUUCCAUGAUUCAACCGUUACGAACUGGAUGCUGUACAUCAUCGGCAUCUUACUCCCAGUAAUUGUGAUUAUCAUCACGGAACUAUGCAGAGCACGGGUAAAGAAAUCGGCCGACACACAUCCACUGAAGGUGUGGAACACGGACAUCCCGUUCUGGGUCGUGCAGUCGUACAAAUCGGUCGGCAUGUUUGGCUUCGGCGCGGCCGUUAGUCAGCUGCUGACGGACGUCGGCAAGUACACGAUCGGUCGCCUCCGGCCCCACUUCUUUGACGUCUGCAGACCCCAGAUGGCCGGUGGAACCACUUGUGCCGAUGCUAUCAAUCAAGGACGAUACGUAACGGACUUUACGUGCACGAGCGAGAAAUCGUCGGCCCGCAUGUUGAAGGAAAUGCGCCUGUCAUUCCCGAGUGGACAUUCCAGUUUCUCGAUGUACACGCUCGUUUUCUGCGCUAUAUUUCUGCAGGCCCGCAUGAACUGGCGCGGCUCGAAGCUGCUGAAGCACUUUUUCCAGUUCCUGCUGAUCCUGCUCGCCUGGUACACCUGUCUGAGUCGCAUCUCCGACUACAAGCACCACUGGUCGGACGUGCUGGCUGGCGGCGUGCUGGGCGCCACGGUAGCGAUCGUCGUGUCCAACUUCUGCACCGACCUGUUUAGUAUGGCACGCAAGCGCACCAUGAUGGCGGCUACCCUACCACAGACACGCUACGAGCUUAGCCCGAACCAUACGCACGGGAAUGGUAACUAGGCAAGCUAAGCGGGCACACGUUGCACACCGUUCCGUACCGUGCGGUGCAGCCGCGAACCGUUGCCGAACCUGAUCGUCAAGUUCCUUGCCAAUUUGUGGAGGUGCGUUGCGCCCUCGGAUCGGAGGCACCAGCGGCUGCACGCGGAUGCCAAAUGCGUCACCUGCGUUAUCGCGUCAACUUUUGUGCUACUACCACACCACGAGGGGUAGUAAAAAACGAAUCAAAACUUCCCACGCGGUAUUACAAAACAAACAGAAACGUAGCGACUAUGUAGUGAGAAGUAAUUUAUUACGUUUAUUCGUUAAGCUUUCUAAUAGUGUGUAGUGAGAAGAAGGGUAGAGUUUACUGUAUCUAGUACAGGACUAGUGGGUAGCGUUGUGUUCAGUCAAUGUGCUGACUGCUAAGACUAAAGGCCAACCUAGGAAAGACAUACUACUUGCGAUCGUUGCCCCCGGACCUAAGGCUGCUCUCGCGGUAAGAUACGAUUUCGCGGUCGCGAGUUUUCUAUUAGUGCAACGUACAUAUGUAAUGGUUGUAUAUUUAUCACAAAGACUAGAUACAAUCACGUUUUAUCUGUAACAAUCUUUGAUAUGAGAGAAUAAAAAGUAACGACGAGUGUCCCCAUAGAUUCAAUAUAAGCUGGAUGCUGGGUAGAGAACAUCGUUAGGGCAUAUUGUUUCUAAUUUUACAAGUAAAGACAAAGUCCCGUCACGAUUUGCUACGAUUACAUAGUCAAUUUAUCCCAACACUUGCUUGUUGUUUGCAUUAAAUAUAUGGACAGCCCUUUGUUCUGAAAAAUUUACCAAUACUAAGAAAGUAUGUUUUGUGUAGUGUUGUGUUUUGUUAUUAGAAUAAUCGAUAGCGUUAAAAUUGUUAGCGUGCGAAACAUUGGUUAAUUUAACACACCGGGAUAAGUAUAUCGGCGAUAACGGCGCCGGUCUUCAUACGAAGGGACCAGGGUUCAACUCCCAUCUGGACGAACCGUUCCCCCGUAGUGAGGGCUGACUAUCACAACUACCUAGUAUCAUUAAGUCUAGUGAUUCAGAAAUGCCAGGC